CACCCAACCCAACCCAUCAAAAUACCCCCUUUUCAAUUACCCUUACCUUCAUUUCAACAAAAUCAAAUUAAAUCCUUGUAAACCAGCGAUCUCAGCUCCACGACCUCCGGCGACGGCAACACUUCACGAUCUCCGUUCUUUAUGUAAUUGUCUGAUGGGAUAGACAUAAUCCUGAAUAAGAGCUUGUUGGAACAUGUAAUAUAGAGCAAGUGAGGAGUCUUGAUAUAAUUGCACAUAAUUGCGUACGUCUAAAGGCAAAAUUCUUGCUCAUAAUCACUUGGAAGGUAUGUAUAUAAUUGGCCGAGUUAUCAUAAAGUUACACUUGUAAGAUGUUAUUGAGUUAUGUAGUUGCUUCCUUAUUUUGGAUGUGGAACUAGCUUUAAAUUUGCUCUUAGUAUGAGUUGGAUCUCUUAUUUUUUGGACUAAAUCUUUUAUUUGAUAUUAAUAUAAUAAUUAAUUGGUAUUGAAUAUAUCUGCACAUAAACUACAUUUAAAUAGUGAAAAACUUAAUUGACGCUAUAGCUAUCAUGUGGUUAACUUAAUAGUUGUGUAAUAGACGCGUCAAAACAAACAAAUAAAGAAAAUUAAAAGUACAAUUAUUUGAUAUGAAUGCUUUAUCAUGUGGCCACACAUUCAACUAAAAAAAUUAUGUCGUUUGAGUGUCUAGAUAAAAUUAUCUUGCAAAUUAAAUGAAUUUUGUAUAGAAAAAUAAAAAAUAAUGGCUUCUGAAUGAUUAACACAAAAUUAGAUGAAAUUUAUUUCUAAUUAUUAUAAACUGAGCAUUCCUAUUAGAACGUGGAAAAGGAAUCCUUUUGCUGUGGCAAAACCAAAAAGCAGUACAAUCCUAUUAGGAAUCAAAUUUUAGUUGUUCAAAGAGAUUCUAAUAGUUAUAAAUAGAAUCACUACAUCCUAUGCUUAACCCCUAAUUUUUGCUGUCCGUGGAACAAGCAUUAUAUUCUUUCUAUGAAUCUCAGCUUACCGUCAGUAGUUGGCCUCCUCUUAACAAAUUUAUGUGAGUUUGUUUUAAGCUUUCUUCUUGUUUUCCAUAUAUCUUUAACCUGUGAACUAGUCUUGUCCUGCAUAUAUAUAUAUAUCCAUGGAAGAAAUACUUAUGGGCAUUCUCAGCAAGCUACCUGUGAAGUCACUUGUCUGUUUUAAGUGUGUCUCAAAAUUUUGGAAUACGUUGAUCUCUCAUUCUUAUUUGAAGAAGCAACAUCUCAUUCAUGCCAAGAACCAACUCUCUUCUCAAAAAUUACUUUUUAUCAAGUGGGACCCUAACUGUCACUUCUGGCCUUCAUCUUUGUCUUUGGUUCAACUUGUUAAGGAUACCAGAAUAUUUGACUGUCCUUCAAAUUCUUAUCCAGAAAAUGGUAUAACAGGUAUAAUAGCGUAUUGUAGUUGUGAUGGCUUGGUUCUCAUAAGAAUUUGGAGUGACCCUAAUGCUGAACAAUCUUCAAUAUUAGUGCUAUGGAACCCUUCUACUCGAGAAUCUGUACUACUUCCUAAAUCAUCACUAUCUAGUACUGUUGAUGACGAUAUUGAUGUGGGAUCCACUUAUGGAUUGCCUUAUGACUCUACCAGUGAUGACUAUAAAGUCUUGGAGAUUGACAUGUCUGGACAUAACAACAAUGAAAUUCUCUCGCUAAAAAAUUGUUCCUGGAGUAUAAUUGAUCAUAAAACCUCAGGUAGAACAGAUGCUAGACAACACUCUUGUCUGGUUGUGAAUAUUGAUCAUAAGGUUGCUUUUGGAUUUCAAAACAGUAGCAAAACACAUAGCUUGUUGCCCAGUUUUCAGCAUUUCAGGGUCAACUUCAAACGAUCAUAAUUGGGAGUUAUACCCGUUUUACUUCAGACUGUCAGUUUGUCAACUGAGGGACAGUUUCGACUUUAUUUGUUUUCUUAGGGGCAUUUUAGUCAUUUCACCUCACUCAAAUUUCGUAUAAAACACCAGAUUUAGCCCCCAAUUCAUCAAAAUAUAAACCUUUUUCUCAAAUUUUCUCUCAAGAACACCCCUUAGGGUUUCAAACAAAAAUCCCAAAUAACUCAAGAUUCAACCGUGG